ACUUUGAUGUAAAAGCAAUCAUCUUUACGAUAUAUUGAUCUCCUAGCUGAUCUCUUUAAUUACUCUUGAUUUUGAUUUUUUUGGAGGAGAUUGAAUUGUAUACUUCUUUGAAGCUAAAAAGUGUCAGUUUUUACUGAACGCCGAUUGUUUUCAUGAUACACAAAGGAAAGAAGUAGUAUUGUGGUGAUUGGGCUUAGUUGAUGAACAACCAAUGCCUCAGGAUACACAAAUAGCUUUGAUGAAAGACAUAGUUGAUGAACAUUUCAGCAACUAAUAUGUCUUUUUAUGAUUCAGGGACUAAUCGAGUUGAGGAUUUGUUUGGUAGAAUGACUUUGGAAGAGAAGAUUGGUCAGAUGGUUCAGAUUGAUAGAAGUGUUGCCACUGUUAACAUCAUGAGAGAUUACUUCAUUGGUAGUGUAUUGAGUGGUGGUGGGAGUGCUCCACUUCCUGAGGCAACCGCUCAGAAUUGGGUUGAUAUGAUCAAUGAGCAUCAGAAGGGAGCUUUAGGGAGUCGUUUGGGGAUUCCUAUGAUAUAUGGCAUUGAUGCGGUUCACGGGCAUAACAAUGUCUACAACGCUACUAUCUUCCCUCACAAUGUUGGUCUUGGAGCCACCAGGGAUCCUGAUCUGGUUAAGAGGAUUGGAGCAGCUACUGCAGUCGAAGUCAGAGCCACUGGAAUUCCAUACACAUUUGCUCCUUGCAUUGCAGUUUGUAGAGAUCCCAGAUGGGGUAGGUGUUAUGAGAGCUACAGCGAGGAUCACAAAGCUGUGGAAGACAUGACAGAUGUCAUACUUGGUUUACAAGGAGAGCCUCCUGCCAACUAUAAGCAUGGCAUUCCAUUUGUUGGUGGCAGGGAUAAAGUUGCAGCAUGUGCCAAGCAAUACGUGGGAGAUGGUGGGACAACCCGAGGAGUAAAUGAGAACAACACGGUGACUGAUUUACAUGGUCUUCUUAGUGUUCACAUGCCUGCUUAUGCUGAUGCAAUAUACAAAGGUGUUUCUACAGUGAUGGUUUCAUAUUCGAGCUGGAAUGGUGAGAAGAUGCAUACAAAUACUGAGCUUAUCACAGGGUAUCUUAAGGGUACCCUAAAGUUUAAGGGUUUUGUUAUUUCAGAUUGGCAAGGUGUUGAUAAGAUUUCAACACCACCGCAUACGAACUACACAGCUUCUGUCCGAGCUGCAAUUCAAGCUGGCAUUGAUAUGUUGAUGAACAUUUCAGCAACUAAUAUGUCUUUCUAUGAUUCAGGGACUACACUUCUUGGCGCUGUAAAAUCAGCUGUUGAUCAAAGCACUGAAGUUGUCUUCCGCAAAAAUCCAGAUGCUGAAUUCAUCAAAUCGAACAACUUUGCUUAUGCAAUCGUUGCUGUUGGUGAACCUACAUAUGCAGAGACAGCUGGAGAUAGUGACAAGCUAACUAUGCUGGAGCCCGGUCCAGCGAUUAUUAGCUCCACUUGUCAGGCUGUCAAGUGUGUGGUUGUGGUUAUUUCAGGCAGACCGGUUGUGAUGGAACCUUAUGUUGCCUCCAUUGAGGCAUUGGUUGCAGCGUGGCUACCAGGAACAGAAGGACAAGGUAUCACUGAUGCUUUUUUUGGGGAUCAUGGCUUCAGUGGAAAACUUCUUGUUACAUGGUUCAGAAACACAGAGCAGUUGCCUAUGAGCUAUGGAGAUUCACAUUAUGACCCACUCUUUUCUUAUUGGUCUGGUCUUGAAACCGAAUCUGUUGAAAGCAUUGUUGCUAGGUCAACCUCAGGUUCUGCUACUAGCACAAAGCCUUGCUUAAUCACAGUCCUUGUAUCUGCUACAAUUUGUCUAUUUCUCUUCCCAAGAUAUCAUCACCAGUUUCAACUUCCUUUUUAAUUUCUCUUCAUAAACUGGUAAGAAUCUGACACUUCUGAGGUAUCUUUCUUUUUGUAGCUUAAGCCGAGUUCUGAGAAGAUGAAAGCUUGGAGUAGAUAAUUCUUUCGGUUAUCUGAUCCUGGGAGUUUUUUUUUUCUUUUCUGUAACGUAGUUUUGUUCUUCUGGCCUAGCAAAAGAGAUCCUGAAUCUGUGUCAUGUUAUGUUCAGAGUUAUUACAACCUGGAACUUCUUGAGUAUUUGAACUGGAACGUUCUUCUAUUUAGGUUCUUUACACUCUA